GAGGAGACAUUCGCCGGUUGCAUUUAUUUGGCAUUGUUCAGAUUCGCGUUAUCGUGUGUUUUUCUUUUAUUUCCCGCGCUGCUUAUUCGCAUCAAAACUUAUUGACGCGUGUUAUACGAUAAAACACAGGAUCAGAGAAAGCGCAUGCAUUCACUCCGGCCCUCAAAGCAUAUCUAAAAGGGAAUUUGAUACGUUUUGACGGAUACCAGAUACUGAUAACACUGAUAACAGCUGAUUUGAAAUGACGCGUGGUGUUUUGCGGCUAUGUGCCUUUGGGGGAGAAUCGAUUUUACAACUUCCUAAGAUUACGCAUCCUCUUCGUUUAUUUUCAUGUAGUGCUCGUAUUUUACAGAAAGAUGGCAAACCAGCUAUUGCUGUAGUGGGAAUUCCAUACAAGAAUAUGGUAAUUGGUGUUCCGAAAGAGAGAUGGACCAAUGAAAGACGCGUUGCUGUUACUCCAGCGGUGACCGCUAGUCUGGUGAAAAAAGGGUUCAAUGUUAAUAUUGAAGCAGGAGCCGGUUUGGAAGCCAAAUUCCGUGAUAGCGAAUAUGUUUCAGCUGGUGCCAAAAUUGUCGAAAAAGAAAAAGCAUUCCAAUCUGAUAUCAUUCUUAAGGUUAGACAACCAAUGGACAAUGAAAUUGCUGCAAUCAAGGCCAACUCUACGCUGAUUUCCUUUUUGUAUCCUUCACAAAAUAAGGAAUUAAUUGAUAAGUUAGCUCAACAAAAGCUCACUGCAUUCGCAAUGGAUGCAAUUCCACGUAUCUCUCGUGCACAAGUAUUUGAUGCUUUAUCAUCGAUGGCUAAUAUUUCCGGAUACCGGGCUGUAAUUGAAGCUGCCAACCAUUUUCCUCGUUUUUUCACCGGUCAAAUUACAGCAGCCGGCAAAGUACCUCCCGCGAAAAUUCUUGUGAUUGGCGGUGGAGUAGCGGGUUUGGCUGCUAUUGGGCAAGCUCGUGGUAUGGGUGCCAUUGUUAGAGCUUUUGAUACCCGUCCAGCGGUGAAGGAGCAGGUUGAAAGUAUGGGCGCAGAGUUUUUGACUAUCAAUAUUCACGAAGACGGGUCGACCGCUGGAGGAUACAGCAAGGAAAUGAGUAAAGAGUUUAUUGAGGCUGAAAUGGCAUUGUUUGCUAAACAGUGUAAAGAAGUUGAUGUAGUCAUAACCACGGCUCUUAUUCCGGGGAAAAAGGCACCCGUGCUAAUUACGGAAGAAAUGAUAAAAUCUAUGAAGCCAGGCAGUGUGGUUGUUGAUUUGGCAGCUGAAGCAGGUGGAAAUGUAGCAACAAUUGUUCCUGGGGAAGUAAAAGUUAUUCACGACGUCGUUCAUAUUGGAUUGACAGAUUUCCCCAGUCGUCUUCCUACACAAAGUUCUACUCUGUACGCGAAUAACAUUUCGAAAUUCUUGCUCUCAAUGAGUGAAAAAGAUAAUUUUGUUAUUAAAUUAGAUGAUGAAGUGGUACGAGGAAGUAUGGUUUUGCAUAAUGGUAACUUGAUGUGGCCACCACCAGUUAUUGCUGUAUCCGCUAAACCACCACCUUCGGUAGCAGCACCAGCUGUUAAAGCGGAAAUAUUGCCUCCAAAUAUGUUCAAUGAAACAUUGAAAAAGAGUAUGAUGUACACGUCCGGGCUGGGCGGUUUACUGGGUCUUGGUGCCAUUGCACCUAAUCCAGCUUUCACAACGAUGAUGACGACAUUCGCUAUGUCUGGUAUUGUAGGUUAUCAUACAGUUUGGGGAGUGACACCCGCACUGCACUCGCCUCUUAUGUCUGUAACAAAUGCAAUUUCUGGCAUAACAGCCGUUGGAGGACUUUUACUGAUGGAUGGAGGCAUCACUCCUACUAACACAAUUGAAACCUUGGCUGCUAGUGCUGCUCUUAUUUCAUUCAUUAACAUCUUCGGAGGGUUCAUGGUAACUCAACGCAUGCUAGAUAUGUUUAAAAGACCAACUGAUCCGACAGAACACAACUACUUAUAUGGAAUUCCUGCAGCCGUUUUUCUGGGAGGAUAUGGUCUAGCUACACUUCAACAAAUGCCUGAGAUUCAUCAAAUGACUUACCUUGCAUCUAGUUUGUGCUGCAUCGGUGCUCUAGUUGGAUUAUCUUCCCAAAAGACAUCACGUCUUGGGAAUGCUCUAGGAAUGAUAGGUGUUUCGGGUGGUAUUGCUGCAACAUUGGGUCACAUGGCUCCAAGCACAGAGGUUCUUAUGCAAAUGGGAGGUGUCACUGGCAUUGGUGCAUUGAUUGGAUCUAUCAUAGCUAAAAGAAUUCAAAUCACUGAUCUCCCACAAUUAGUGGCAGCCUUUCAUAGUUUAGUGGGUGCUGCAGCAGUAUUAACCUGCGUUGCUACAUACAUGCACGAUUUUCCGACUUUGGCAACAGACCCAGCUGCCAAUGUUUUAAAGACAGCAUUAUUUUUAGGAACAUACAUAGGCGGCGUAACAUUUAGCGGUUCACUGGUUGCAUACGGAAAAUUACAAGGGUUUUUGAAUUCUUCUCCAUUACUGCUACCGGGUCGUCAUUACUUAAACGCAGGUUUAUUAGCCGGAAACAUUGGUGCAAUGGGUCUUUUCUUCGUAGAACCAACGCUGAAUGGGGGACUGGGUCUUUUAGGUACCACAGCAGCAUUAUCAACAGCUAUGGGAGUUACUUUAACGGCAGCUAUUGGAGGAGCAGAUAUGCCCGUCGUAAUAACAGUACUUAAUUCAUACUCUGGAUGGGCUUUGUGCGCCGAAGGGUUUAUGUUGAACAACAAUCUCAUGACUAUCGUCGGGGCGUUAAUCGGCUCCUCCGGUGCUAUUCUGUCAUAUAUAAUGUGCAAAGCUAUGAAUCGGUCAUUGCCUAACGUAAUUUUGGGUGGAUAUGGAACAUCUUCUACAGGUGGAGGAAAGCCUGCAGAAAUUGUUGGAACGCAUACGGAAGUAAACGUUGAUGGUGUAGUCGAAAUGAUUAGGAAUGCAAAAAAUAUUAUUAUUACUCCUGGAUACGGCUUAUGUGUAGCAAAAGCACAGUACCCUAUUGCUGAAAUGGUUAACAUGUUGAAAUCGCAAGGAAAGAAGGUUCGCUUCGGUAUACAUCCUGUCGCGGGGAGAAUGCCUGGACAACUAAAUGUGUUGCUAGCAGAAGCUGGUGUUCCCUAUGACGAUGUAUUAGAAAUGGAGGAAAUUAACGAUGAUUUCUCUGAUACCGACCUUGCUCUUGUAAUUGGAGCUAAUGAUACUGUCAAUAGUGCAGCCGAAGAUGAUCCUAAUUCCAUUAUAGCUGGUAUGCCCGUACUUCGUGUGUGGAAGGCAGAUCAGGUUGUUGUUAUGAAAAGAUCACUUGGUGUUGGAUAUGCAGCCGUUGAUAACCCUAUUUUCUACAAACCGAAUACAUCAAUGUUACUUGGUGAUGCGAAGAAAACUUGUGAUGCUCUAUUAUCUAAAAUUAAAGAAGCAUCUUAAUAGUGGCCAUUGAAAAUGGUAUUUGGCUGACAAAUGCGGAACAUGUUUAUUGAAUUAGCUUAAUUUGUUGGAUUGUGUGAGAAUAGCGCCAUUGAGUGUUGCUGCGGCAAGAAACAUGUGUAAAUAAAUGAGCGAUUUUUAAUACACAACUGUUUCAUGGUCUAUUGCUUGAAAGCACCUGAGUGUGAUGAUGCCAUUAAACAUGAUAGUUUA